AUGCCUGUGCCCACUAACACCAAUUCGAAACACGCCUUUCCUCCGUUUCCUGAUGAUGUCCCAACACACCCGCUCCUCAUCGUCGAUUACGCUUUGAUCAAAGCUGGCGAUGAGGCAGAGAAGAACAAGCUAUGGAAAGCAGGUACCAACCUAGGCUUCUGGUAUCUCAAGAAUCAUGAUGCUGAUGAAGAAGUGAAUGGAAUGUUUGACAUGGGUGCGGCCACUAUGGACCUUCCCUUGGAAGAGAAGCUCCAGUUCGAUCAAGGCGACUCCGGUCGGUCGGCAGGGUACAAAGCAAUUGGCGCAAAUGCCGUGGACGAAACAGGUCAAAAGGAUAACGUUGAGUUCAUCAAUGUUUCUCAGGACGAUGCAAUGGCAUGGCCUGAGAUAGCUCGACGGACCUACCCACGGACUGUAACUGCCGUGAUGGAUUCAGUCGUUCAGCCUUUCGUCAGGAAGUCUGCUGAGAUAAAUCUCACUUUGAUGGAUGUCUUCAACGAUAAGCUAGGCCUCCCUGAAGGUACGCUUAGGAGAAAGCACACGGGUGAAUUGAGUGGGAGCGAGACUAGAUGCAUCAAAAGCCCUCCGAAACCAGACUGGGAUGAGAAAACUGCGUCAUUGGGGGCACACACCGACUUUGGUUCUUUGUCCUUUCUGCACAACCGACAAGGAGGCUUGCAGGUGUUUGUGAAGGGCACGGACAAGUGGCAGUACAUCAAGCCGCUUCCUGGACAUGCAGUCUGCAAUCUAGGUGACGCGAUGGCUAUUUUCAGCGGAGGUAUCUUGCGGUCGAACCUCCACAGGGUGGUACCGCCACCAGGCGCUCAAGCAGCAUUCGAUCGUUGGUCCCUCGUUUUCUUCAGCCGGCCAGGCGACUCGGUGGUUCUCCGAGCUCUGAAAGAGGAUAGUCAACUCAUUGCAGAGGCCGCUGAGAAGAAUCAAAGGGAGAAUGGCACCAACUAUGAGACUCAGUCCACAGCCGCCGAUUGGUUCGCUCGACGGAUUAAAUAUCAGAGGGUUAAGAAUUACAAGGGACCCGAAUCUUGGCAGCAAAGUCGGGGGACGGAACACAAGCAGAGGGUUUGA